ACGUAGCCAGUCGAAUGAUUCGAGAGAAAUUUUUUCAGCAAUUAUUUUAUCAAAAGUUAUUUUUUCGAUUUAAACAAUUCAACAAUGACAUCCUAUACGGAUAAAGGACCAAAACCAGAACGUGGUCGUUUCAUUCAAUUUGAUCAUGUUACCUUUAUUGUUGGUAAUGCUAAACAAGCGGCUACAUAUUAUUGUGUACAUAUGGGUUUUGAACCAUUAGCAUAUAAAGGUUUGGAAACUGGUAGCCGUGAUAUUGUUAGCCAUGUUGUUAAACAGAAUAAAAUUAUAUUUGAAUUUCAAUCACAAUUAAAUCCACAACAUACUGAAAUGAGUGAACAUUUAAUUCGUCAUGGUGAUGGUGUAAAAGUGGUAGCAUUCGAUGUAGAAGAUAUUGAAUAUAUUGUUGAAAUGGCCCGAAAACGUGGUGGUAAAAUUGUUCAAGAAAUUCGUAUCGAUUCCGAUGAAUUUGGUUCGGUUAAAACGGCUGCUGUACAAACAUAUGGUGAUACAGUACAUAAAUUGGUCGAUCGUCGUGAAUAUCGUGGAGCAUUUUUACCCGGUUAUAAAAAAUCUGAAUUAGAAAUCGUUGAUUUUUUAGCUACAUUACCAAAUAUUGGUCUGCUUCAUAUCGAUCAUGUUGUUGGUAAUCAACCGGAAAAUCAAAUGGAAAAAGUUGCUCAAUGGUAUGAAAAAGUAUUGCAAUUUCAUCGAUUCUGGUCGGUGGAUGAUACACAAAUGCAUACAGAAUAUUCUGCAUUAAGAUCGAUCGUAAUGGCCAAUUAUGAGGAAACAAUCAAAAUGCCAAUCAAUGAACCAGCACCAGCUAAACGAAAAAGUCAAAUACAAGAAUAUGUUGACUAUUAUGGCGGAGCUGGUGUGCAACAUAUUGCUUUGCGUACAGAGGAUAUUAUUUCCGCUAUCAGUAAACUUCGUGCACGAGGUAUGGAAUUUUUGAAAGCACCGAAAAUCUAUUAUGAAAUGAUUCGUGAGAAACUUAAAAACAGUCCGACUAAAGUGGCCGAAGAUAUGGAUUUGUUGGAAAAAUUAAGCAUCCUUAUCGAUUAUGAUGACAAUGGAUAUUUGUUACAGAUUUUCACUAAACCAAUGCAAGAUCGUCCGACCCUAUUUUUGGAAGUUAUUCAACGACGUAAUCAUCAAGGAUUUGGUGCUGGAAAUUUUAAAACUUUAUUCGAAUCGAUCGAAUUGGAACAGGAACGACGAGGAAAUUUAUGAAUGCUUCAAAUCGUUUUUGAUUAAUUGAUUUUGAAUCGAAUCUUUCUAUCCUUAUGCUAAACUGGGUAAUUUUUCAUGUCAAUGAUUUUUUUUUGCAAU